AAAUAUUGGAGCAUAAUUUUGGAACAAAAUGAAAACAGCCAAAAUAUUGUAUGAAGUCUUCGAUUCGAGCAAAUAAAAAAGAUCAAUAAAUACAGCAUUAGAAAACAAUAAUAAGACAUAAAUCACGGCGCAUGAAAGUGCAAAGAAAGCGAGCAACGUACAGCGAGCGCAUUUAACGAGAAAGAGGGAAAGAAGAAGAAAAUUGUUGAUAAACACAAAAAAAAACCAUUAAUGGGUAUUAUGCCACAAUUAUUAAUAAAAGUAAAAACAAUUUUCAAUUACCAAUACCGAAUAAAAUUGCAAGCGGAAAUCAUAAAGAUUGAAACGUCGCAUCGGACAGACGGUCUGUGAAAGCUAUGAAAAAUAAUUAAAAUCAAUAAAAACAGCAGUAACAACAGCGAAUAUAUUGCUAAUAACAAAUAAAUAUUGCAUUUACAAUAACAACAUUCCAAUUGGUAAUACUGUAUGCAAUAACAACCAUAACAGCAGCUAAAUAAAUAAAAACAACAGCAACUGCGCCGGCAAUAUCAAUACAACAACACAAUGGACGCCAACAGAGCGACUAUAAAAAAUAGUAGCGUUGGCAGCGCAGCCAACGAUGCCCGUCAAAUGUCGCCAACGCGCGAUGAAGUCGACUUUGUUGUUGUGUCGUCUAACAACAAUAAUAAUAAUAACAACAACAAUCAUUUUAUCAAUGGUAAAAUCAUGAAUGGCAGCAAUCAUCACCUCACAGCGGCCGAUAAUGCACCGAACAACGCAUUGAACUCAAAUUCGAAUACGACUUCGAAAAUGUUUGCGAACUCGAAAACGCUAACAAAUGAACAUUUACAAUACCAACAAAACCGACCAGAGACGCAACAACACAAAGAGACGGUGAAGAGUAAAAAGAAAGCAGCCGCUGCAAACAGCAAUAACAACAACAACAACAACAACAGCAGCAGCAGCAGUCAAGAAGAGCCAAAGAAGAAGAGUUCGACUAAAGAGCGUCUAUCGCUGUUCUCCACACUGGGGCGACGCAUCAGUCAAAAGGCGUUGGGCCAAAAAGAUUCCAAUGCAAAUGGAUCAACGCCACAGGUAUCAGCGCAGUUGGAAAAAUCAACAGCCGCGGGCAAUCCAUCAACAUCAGCAACAGCAACAGCAACAGCAACAGCAACGACAGGAAACGUGCACACCGCCACAUCUCCCCGCCAACGCACGUUUGUGAAGAGCUCGUCCAUUGCACGCUUGUUGGGCAACACUUAUCAGCAUAAUGCCAAGAAAUUUGAGAAGCAACAACAAUGCAUAGAGCAACAGAACAGCAAACCGCACGUGGAUGGCAAAUUCCAUACGUACGGUGGUAGGCGUCGUGUCAGCGGUCCAUAUUUGGAUCGUUUCAAACUUUACUCCAAGGAUGACGCCGAUGUCAGCUCAAGCAAUGUUGACAGCAAUGAUGACGGUGAUGCUGAAUCAACAAUAGAUUUCACCGAUAUGCUGGAAUUGAACGGCGACACUGCCGAUGAGCUGCAACGCGCUUCAAACGGCCUCGAACGUUUCUGCGAUCAUAGCACAGUGGCAGCUGGUGAAGAUGAAGCGGCAGCAGAAUUGGGCAGCAAAACUAUGCGUACAUUGUCGCGCAGUUUGGGACGAUUGUGGGGCAAGCGGUUGCAUAGUGUGGACAUAAGUAUACCAGAUCCCGAGUACAAGGUCUCUUAUUUGGGCAAUGUGCUGACAGGUUGGGCCAAAGGUGAGGGUUGCGUUGAAAAGCAACUGAAUACACUCUGGCGCAACUACACGCAAAAUAAUAAGCCCGACAUGAUCAUGCGCAUCAAGGUAUGCGCCAGCGGUCUGAAAGCAACAACACGUCAACACGGACUCACCGAGUACUGGGCUAAUCGCAUCACACACUGUUGUGCGCCAAAGAACUAUCCACGAAUUUUCUGCUGGGUCUAUCGAC